AUGGUUAUUCUACUCAAGAUUUUAGACAACAAUAUUCUACUAGUUUGCUUAUAGAAGCACGAUAUCAAACUAGAAAUAAAACUUCUUAUAAUUGGUACAUUGUGCGAUCUUUAGGAUAUUAUUCUGCACAAAUAAAAUUUACACAAAAAAAUUCUAAAGAAGGCAUUCAAUAUCCGAUUUCUGAUAAAUAUUGUAUUGAAACAA